AUGCUCUUGCCGCUUGCGACUGCCCUGGCGCGGCCCCCGCAGAAUGCGACCGCCGCUCCCAGCGCCACCACAGGCGCGGCUGCGGCUGCGGUUGCCGGCGCGGUUGGGGGCGUGGUCGGGCUGUCAAACCUGGGCAACACCUGCUUUUUCAACUCGGCGGUGCAGAUGCUGAUGGCUUGCCCAGCGCUGCAGCAGGCAUACCUGGCAGAGGAUAAGAAGAGCGCGCAGGGCCCCCUCGGCUACGCACUGCAGCAGGCGUUCCGGCACGCCGCGAAAGGCGGCGGCAAGGGCGGCGGCAGCGGGGGCAGCUACAACCCGCAGUCCCUCCUGUCGGCGGUCUGCCGCCACUCGCCGCAUUUCAAGGGGCGGCAGCAGCACGACAGCCAUGAGCUGCUGCGGGUGCUGCUGGACGGGCUGCAGAUGGAGGAGAAGCGUUCGCGGUCGCUGGCGCGGCGGGGCGGCGGGGGUGGAUCGCAGGGGGAAGCUGGCGAGCAGCUGGACGAGGAGGAGGUUGACGACGAGGGCGGACAGAGAGAGGGUGACGAGGGGGAGGAGGAAGAGGAGGAGGAGGAGUAUGCGAAUGCGUCGUGGGACGGUACUCUCGUGACCACCAACGACAAAGGGCGCCACAAGCCAGAGGGGGCGGCAGCGGCGACGCCCAAGGCACCCAGCAGCAGCAACAGCAGCGCCGGCGGCGGCGGCGGCGGUGGCGGCAGCGAUGACAGCAGCGGCAGCGGGGGCGAGGACGAGGGUGGUGGUGGAGGCGAGCAAAACGGGCUCGCGGGAAAGGGGUCUGGGAUUGCAGCAGAUGGCCUUGCCAACGGCCACGCCAGCGUUGCCGACGAGGGGGCACCACAGGACGCUUCUGGAACCGACAACAGCGACGCAUCUGCGUCAGAUCACAUCGCUGUGACCGCCAACGGCGCCGCGCCGCCGCACGCCGCUGACAGCGGCGCGAGCGAGCAGGACGGCGGCGGCUCGACGGCCGAGGAGGAGGGUGGCGGCGCGCAACCCGGCCCACCGCCCGGCGCCCCCGCGCCGCUGCCGUCGCUCGGGCGCCGCUCGCUGCUGCCGCCGGCGCCGCCGGCGGGCGCAGGGGACACGCUGGUCGACGCCGUGUUUGGCGGCGUGCUGGUCAGCCGCGUGGUGUGCAGCACGUGCGAGCACGCGUCGGUCAGCUAUGAGCCCUUCCUCGACCUUUCGCUACCGAUCCCCCCGCCGCAGCCGGUGGAAAAGGGGCUCGCGCGCAAGGACUCCCUGCUGUCCCGCCUGACCGGCCUGGGCAAGUCGAAUAAGAAGGACGUGGCCGCGGACGACGCGGCGGCGGCUCCCGAGGGCGGCAAGGAGGAGCAGGAGGGCGGGGGCGAGGAAGCUGCCAAGAAGCUUACGCCCAAGGAGCGCAAGCGCCUUGCAGCCGAGGCCAAGCGCAAUGCCAAGCUGCAGAAGAAGGCGGCCAAGAAGCAGCAGCAGCGCGACUCAGCGGCGAGCAAGGGCGGCCACGACGGCGCGGAGGCGGGCCGAGGGGACGACGAGGCGGCCGUACGGAGGGAGGGCGACCAGAGCGUCAGCAGCAGCGCGGCGAGCGCGGCAGGCGACCAGCCGGGCGGCGCCAGCCCCUCUGAUGCGUCGGAGGUGUCCUCUGUGCAGCGCGACCCCUCCGCGCGCGGCCCUCCGACGCCCUCGGCCGACGGCGCCGCCGCCGCCGCCGCGGGCGCGUCGCCGGCGCCGCGCUUCAACCCCGCGGCCCUCGCCGCCGCCGUCGGCCGCUCCCUGACGCCGCCGCCGACGCCCGCGCCGGCGCCGCGGCCGCACCACCGCCGGUUCGGCAGCCUGGGGUCGCUGGGGGUGUCGGCGAAGGGCCAGCUGUCGGCGCUGCUCGGCUGGGGCAGCCGGCAGGGCAGCAGAGAGCUCGACCCUUCGCUUGCCCUCGCGUCCCCCGGCGCCGCGGCGGCCGCGCUCGGCGCAUCGUCACCCUCUCCCAGGCCCUUGGGCGCCGCGGCGGCGGCGGACGGGUCGCCGGGGCAUAUUGCGGCCCUUGCGGAUUCAAUCGCAGAGGAGGUGGCACUGGCAGCCUCAUUUUCUGAGGGCCCCAGGCUGCCCCUCUUCUCGGAGGGGCUCUGGACGCCGCCGCCGCCGGACCGCGAACCGCCACCGGGGGUGAGCGCGUUUGCGGCCGUGGCGGCGCGCGGCGGUGACGACGAGGCGGUGGAAUUUGGGGGGUUCCGGGUGUCGCCCUCCCCAGGGCCCGCGGCCGCCGACGGCGCCGCCGGGGCGGCGGGCAGCGCCGGCGGCGGCGCGGCGGGCCCCGGGGCCGCGCUGGACGCCGUUGGCGACGCGCCUGUCAGCCCGGCGCCUGCGACGCCCAACGGUGCCGCGGCCGGCCCCAACGGCGCGGCCGUGGCGCCCGCGCCGUCCCCCACGCCGGCCCAGCAGCAGCAGCAGCCGCCGCAGGCCUCGCCGUCGGCCGCCGCCCGCGCGGCGGCCGACGCAGCCGCGGCGGUGGCGGCGCGCAAGGGGCGGGGCGUGACCGCGCUGACAUGCCUCGACGCGUUUUUCGUGAAGGAGCUCGUGUCCUGGGAGUGCCCCAAGGAGAAGGCGGACGCGCGGGAGCGGCGCUGGAGCUCCGCGAGCGGCGGGCUGGCGGGGACGCCGCUGGCGGGCGGCGCGGCGGCGUCGCUGGGCAAGCAGGUGUGUCGCCGCGCCAGCCGCGCAGUCAUGUAUGCGCGCACGCGCGUGGGGAACAGGGGGGUGGCAGAGGGGUGA